AUGACAAAAUGUCCUGACGCCGCCGCUCUCGCCUUCGCCCUCGCCCCCUCUCCCCCCCUUUCUCGUGAUCCCUCUGUGACUCGACUCGUCCGACCGACUCGCCAUAGUCAACGAAACCCGUCGCUGGACAAGAACCGUGUCACCCCAGCGGCACAAGCUGAGCCCUUUGCCCGCUGUCGACCGGGCCCGACCGAGACCAACCACUCGGCCCUCUCCACCGCCCUCCUCUCCCGCAACGCCAUCGCUCGUUGGGGCGAAAGGGUGAAGCCGACGACGACGACGACGACGACGACGACAGUCUCUCUGUUGUUCGUCUUGGCCACCCCGCACCCGGGCUGGAUGACUACCUUUUCCGAGAUGGAACCGAGCCCCGUCUCGGUCGAGGCUACCACCUCGGCGCUCACGCUUCGGGGCAAGUCGGCUCUGUUGGAAGCCGUCGAGGAUGUAUUUUACGGCUCGGUCGCCGGCGUCGUCGGCAAGUACAUCGAGUAUCCGUUCGACACCGUCAAGGUUAGGCUCCAGAGCCAGCCCGACCACCUCCCCCUGCGAUACAAGGGCCCGCUCGAUUGUUUCCGACAAUCGAUACAGACGGAGGGCUUCUACAGCCUCUACCGUGGCAUCACGGCGCCCCUCGUCGGCGCCGCCCUCGAAACGAGCAGCCUGUUCGUCUUCGAGAGCCUCGGCCGCGAGGUCGCCUUCCGAACCGGGCUCGCGUCGCGGGAGAGGUCGCUGUCCGUGCCGGCGCUCUGGGCGACGGGCGCCUUCUCGGGCGCCUGCACCUCCUUCGUCCUGACGCCCAUCGAGCUCGUCAAGUGCAAGAUCCAGGCGCCCAUGCUCGCCGAGUCGGCCGCCGCGCCGCCGGUGCGACCGCUCGCCGUGAUCCGAGACGUGUACCGCCACGAGGGUCUCCGAGGCUUCUGGCACGGUCAGCUCGGGACCCUGAUCCGGGAGACGGGCGGGUGCUCGGCCUGGUUCGGCGCCAAGGAGACGGCCACGGCCAUGUUCUACAACCUGAAGACGUCGGCGGCGGCGACCGAGGCCGAGAGGAAGAGCAUCCUGUCGAAGCCUUUGCCCUUGUGGCAGCAGGCCCUUGCCGGCGCCUCGGCCGGCGUCUCGUACAACUUUUUGUUCUUCCCCGCCGACACGGUCAAGUCGCGCAUGCAGACGGUGCCGGUCGGUCGUCUGGCGGCGAAACGCACAUUCUGGAACGAGGGAGUGGCCCUGUGGCGGCAGCAUGGCCUGCGAGGCUUUUACCGUGGCUGCGGCGUCACCUGCCUCCGCUCGGCGCCGAGCUCGGCAUUCAUAUUCAUGGUCUACGACGGACUGAAGCGCCGCUUCCCACUCCAGUAG